AAGAUUUCUUUCUUAAAUUCGGAAACCAAGCGAGAUCCACAGCCUAAAUUAUUUGGUAACAAAUAUCUUUACGAACACACACUUUUCGUCUUGGAACAGACUGAUUUCUGUGAGUUUGAAGUCCACUUUGAAGUACUUCACAAUACUAUCCACUCGUGGCUCGGUGGUCGUGAUCCUCACUCUAUGUCGUCACUGGAUUUUACAGCUUAUGAUCCAAUCUUUUUCCUUCAUCAUAGUAAUGUUGAUAGGAUAUGGGCAAUUUGGCAAGAAUUACAACGUUACCGAAAGCUACCUUACAAUGAAGCUAAUUGUGCAUUGCCUCUACUUAAUGUACCUAUGCGUCCAUUCAGUAACACUACUGCAAAUCAUGAUCGGAUGACACUCACUCAUAGCACUCCAAAUGACGUCUUUGACUAUCAAAAUGUGUUACACUACAAAUAUGACACUUUGACCUUCUUUGAUCUCACUAUUACUCAGUUGGAACAUCUUAUUGAAGAGAGAAAGGCUCAUGACAGGAUUUUUGCUGGAUUCUUACUUCAUGGCGUUAAAGCUUCGGCCGACGUACACAUAUACAUUUGUGUACCUACUUCUAAGUAUGAAGAAAACUGUGCUCACGAAGCUGGUGUCUUCUCUGUCUUGGGAGGAGAGUCCGAAAUGCCAUGGCAAUUUGACCGUGUCUUCCGAUAUGAAAUAACAGACCAGCUGAAGUUGUUAGGUCUCAACCAAAACAGCCAUUUCCGUGUUAAAACUGAAGUCACAGCUGUCAAUGGAUCAUCAAUCCAUGCUAAAAUUUUCCCACAUCCAACUAUUAUUUAUGUUCCAAAACAAGGUCAUUCUGCUGACUUCAAACAUGAAGAAGGAAAUGGAAAUCUUGUACGAAAGAAUGUUGAACGACUCUCUUUGUCUGAAAUGAAUUCCUUGGUACAUGCUCUCAAAAGAAUGCAGAAAGACAAGUCAUCU